AUCACAGCAUACCUGAAGUCAAUAAUGUUUUCCAAGCUAGCCCGCUCGCAGAGCCUUGCUGUUCUCUGUCGAGGUGUUCACGCUUCGCUGAGUUCUGCUACCUCAGUGGCUACUAAAAAAACCAUCCAAGGAUCUCCAUCCUCCGAGUUCAUAUUUGAACGUGAAGCUAAAUAUGGUGCCCACAAUUACCACCCCCUCCCUGUUGCUCUUGAAAAAGGAAAAGGUGUUUACGUGUGGGAUGUUGAAGGUAGAAAGUAUUUUGACUUUCUGAGUGCUUAUAGUGCUGUUAACCAAGGCCACUGUCACCCAAAGAUCGUGAACGCUCUGAAAACUCAGUCUGAAAAACUGACCCUUACAUCCAGAGCAUUCUACAACGAUGUCCUCGGUGAAUAUGAGGAGUAUGUCACCAAAAUGUUCAAUUAUAACAAAGUUCUUCCAAUGAACACAGGAGUGGAAGCUGGAGAAACUGCCUGUAAAUUGGCUCGGAAGUGGGCGUACACUGUGAAAGGAGUUCCAAAAUACAAAGCAAAAAUUAUCUUUGCAGCUGGCAACUUCUGGGGCAGAACCAUGUCUGCAAUCUCUAGUUCUACUGACCCAUCCAGCUAUGAUGGAUUUGGACCCUUCAUGCCAGGUUUUGAGCUGAUCCCAUACAAUGACCUACCAGCUCUUGAGCGGGCCCUUCAGGAUCCCAACGUAGCAGCUUUCAUGGUUGAACCGAUUCAAGGUGAAGCAGGCGUGGUUGUUCCUCACAAAGGUUAUCUCACCGGGGUGCGGGAGCUCUGCACAAAACACAAUGUUCUGUUUAUUGCUGAUGAAGUACAGACUGGUUUAGCCAGAACAGGGAAAAUGCUAGCUGUUGAUCAUGAAAAUGUGAGACCUGAUCUAGUUCUUCUUGGAAAGGCCCUUUCUGGUGGCUUAUAUCCUGUCUCAGCAGUACUAUGUGAUGAUGAAAUUAUGCUGACCAUUAAGCCUGGUGAACAUGGAUCUACAUAUGGAGGAAAUCCGUUAGCUUGCCGCGUUGCAAUCGCAGCACUGGAGGUAAUUGAAGAGGAAGAUUUGGCUAAAAAUGCAGAAAUAAUGGGUAACAUACUAAGAAAGGAGCUCAUGAAGACACCAUCUGAUAUUGUAACUUCUGUAAGAGGAAAAGGGCUGUUAAAUGCAAUUGUAAUUCGGGAAACUAAAGACUAUGAUGCCUGGAAGGUGUGUUUGCGGCUUCGUGAUAACGGACUUCUUGCCAAACCUACUCAUGGUGAUAUCAUUCGGCUGGCACCGCCGCUUGUGAUUAAGGAGGAUGAAAUCAGAGAGUGCAUCGACAUAAUUCAUAAGACCAUUCUGUCUUUCUGAACACGUGGCUUUUAAAAAAUACCUGCUGACUGACCCAAGGUGGAGUGUUGAAAUAUGUGUGAUGGAGGCCCUCUCUUGGAGCAGGCGUUCCUUUUAUCUAAGAGGACUUAACUCUUAAAAUGUAGCUUUGUCUUUAAAUUUUAAUGUCUCUGAAGAAAAUAAAAAAUGAUUUUAAAGAGCUUCCAAUCUCAGAAUACUUGGAAAUAAAGU